AUGCUUUCGCAGCGGCGCAUUCGGCUUCUGGCCAUCGCCGUGGUGGUCAUAAUCAUCAUGACUUUCUACUACUCGAGUGAAGCCCGGAGUGUUCAGAACCAACAAUUCUACCGAUCAACCGUGGCGGCGAUGGAGGCUCAAAAGCAGGCAAAGGAAGCCGGAACAGCAGCCAACAUACCGCCACAGAAGGACCAGCCCAAACAGAACCCUAUCAAGGAAGAGACGAAGCUUGCCAUGGACAACGAUAAGGAAGAACCGGCCAUCCCAAAGGCCAACAACGAUGCGGACGAAGUAGAAGAGAUCCCGAUUGCAGGCAGAACCAAGAUGACAGUACCUAAGAACCGAAAUGACCCGGAGAAAGAGACGUCGGAACAGCCGCAAGAACAGAAACCGGAGACAGAUGAUCAUGCGGCCGCCGUGGCCGAGCUGAACGGGAUAUUGAAGCGGGCACCAAUCAUUGUAUUUUCCAAGUCCUACUGUCCGUAUAGCGCCAAGGCGAAGUCUAUCCUCUUGGACAAAUACUCGAUUGUUCCUGCACCUUUCGUGGUGGAACUUGAUAAGCAUGAGUUGGGUCGACCGCUGCAGGCGUUGCUGGGAGAAAAUACCGGGCGUCGCACUGUCCCGAACGUGUUGGUUAACGGGAAAAGCAUUGGAGGAGGGGAUGAUGUGACGGCUCUGGAUCAAAAGGACGAAUUGGCUUCAACAUUGAGAAGCUUGGGGGGUAAGUGGGUCCAGGAGGUCCAUCGUAAAGAAUGA